ACAUAUAAAAUGCAGAACGACGCCGGUGAAUUCGUUGACUUGUACUGCCCGAGGAAAUGCUCGGCCAGCAACCGCCUCAUCCACGCUAAGGACCAUGCUUCAGUACAGCUAGUGAUUGCUGACGUAGACCCCGCCACAGGUCGUGCUGCUGACACAUCUAAAAUGUAUGUUGUCUGUGGGGCUAUCCGAAGGAUGGGAGAGUCUGAUGAUUGCAUCGUGAGGUUAACAAAGAAAGAUGGUAUACUGGCUAAAAACUAUUAACAUCUCGUUCGUCAAACAACUAUUUUAUAAGAUAAAAUAAAAAACAAAAAAUACA